AAAGCGCCGACAAUGCUCGCACCGUUUGUGAAAGCGAAAAUUGUUCCCGCUUCCUGCUGUAUGCUCUAAAAUUAUUAUUUAGAAGAGUCUUGGUGCAAAAUGAUGUCUUUGACAUUAAAGGAUUUUUCUCCAUUUCUUAUAUUCCUGCUGGCAUACGGUUGCUCAGCUUUGUGCAGUGAAGGAUGUCUCUAUGGUCGAUGUGACAGAAUAACAGGAUCGUGUGCAUGUAGAGAUGGCUACUUUGGUACGAGAUGCUCAUAUAAGUGCAGUGAAGGAUGUUUCUUUGGUCGAUGUGAAAAAUCAACGGGAUCGUGUGCAUGUAGAGAUGGCUACUUUGGUACGAAAUGCUCAUAUAAGUGCAGUGAAGGAUGUUUCUUUGGUCGAUGUGAAAAAUCAACGGGAUCGUGUGCAUGCAGAGAUGGCUACUUUGGUACAAAAUGCUCAUAUAAGUGCAGUGAAGGAUGUUUCUUUGGUCGAUGUGAAAAAUCAACGGGAUCGUGUGCAUGCAGAGAUGGCUACUUUGGUACGAAAUGCUCAUAUAAGUGCAGUGAAGGAUGUUUCUUUGGUCGAUGUGAAAAAUCAACGGGAUCGUGUGCAUGCAGAGAUGGCUACUUUGGUACGAGAUGCUCAUAUAAGUGCAGUGAAGGAUGUUUCUUUGGUCGAUGUGAAAAAUCAACGGGAUCGUGUGCAUGCAGAGAUGGCUACUUUGGUACGAGAUGCUCAUAUUAAGUGCGGUGAAGGAUGUUUUAAUGCUCGAUGUAACAGAGCAACAGGAUAUUGUACAUGUAGAAAUGGUUACUUUGGUACGAGAUGCUGAUCGAAUUUAGGCUUCUGAGUUUCUAUUUACAAUACGAAAUAUUUUGAGAAUAGUACUCAUAAUGCUUAUAUGUGACUUUUAACAUGACUUUGUUUGAAUUUUGGCUUGUGAGCUUGUUCUGUACAAUACCAUAUGUAUUCUGAAUGGUACUCAUCAAGAUUCUUCGUGCCUUUUUACAUGAAAGUGUAUAAAUUAUGCUGAGUUACCUUGUGCUUUAGGUUUCCAUUAUGUAAUUGGAACAAUAGUUCGCCUAGUCACCUUCCCAAGCUAGGAACCGGUUCAACUAUCCUAACUGGCAAGAACAGUGUGCCAUUUUUACUCUCUAGUUUUGUUGGUUAAUUUGUUGUUGUAAUAUCAUGCCUGACGUGGCCGCCAAUACGAAAUUAAGUCAUGAUAUACCUUUAUUAAAUGACUAUAUUAAUAACUCUUGACACGGCAUAUUAAAUUAAAAACGUUAAAGGUAUGCGCGCUUUAUAAGGACAUUUCAAAUACUAAGCGCUGUUUGCCGCCAAUAAAGUAUACAUGUAUAAUCGAAACAAAAUAUUCCACUAUUGUGCAUUUAAUACGGAAUUUAUUAAAAUCGUUUUCUAAAAUUGAAGUCAAGGUUCGUUUUUAUCAAUUUUAGAUGAAAGGUUAUUAAAUAACUUCCGUUAUGAACUACCACAAAUCAGAAACAUAGAAAAGUAAAACAAGGAAUCUUGAUGUAUCAUCACUUAUUGUUGACCAAAAUAGCCAAUUGGUAUUUCACUAACAUUUUAAUAUUUAUCUCUUAAUAUAAUUCGUAUAAGAGUUUAUUGUUCAGUUGAAUACUUUGGAAAAAAUGUUACGAACACUUUGUACAAUCCUUGUCUUCUUAUUCAUUCAACGUUCGAACCUUUGAAAGCGGUAUGUUUUACUUUUAGACAUUGUUAAAUGCAUGCAAAUUUUCUGUACGUCUUGUAUGAAAACGAAUACUAUAACUCUUGGAUAAUUUGUCGAAAGUAAAUUAAUAGAACCUUGUUCCGUGAUUGAAGUUGGCUUGAAUUACCUAUAUAUUUGUUUUUUAUUGUUGCUUCAAUGUUUUAAUCUUUGAUCCAUUAAACAAGUCUUAGCCCUG